CAUCCCAAAUGCAAUUUCUAACCAAUGGAUUUGUAUUUGCAUCUUCACAAUCGAGUUAACUUUGUACGUGCCUGACAUAUACAAAAUAUACGUGAAAAUAAGAGAAAAACAAUCCAAAAAGGGACCGUAAAGACAUCUGUGUACCAUAGAUAAUAUUAGAGUGAAAGUUGAAAAAAAAAUCACGUGGACAACACUUCGUAUUUAAAAAGAAAUAGUAAAAAAUGCAACAAAUACAAGAAACAAAGAUGAUCGCCCUUAGAGAAAGUGCUGACAAACUGAUGAGACUAGUAAAGAAAUACACUAAAACACAAGAAGUUAUAAAAAACGAAGUAUUAUAUCUAAACAAGAUAAUAUCAGAACUGCCGAACGAUAUACAAAUAGCAUGCAAGAAAACAAAAAAACCGAAGCUGUCUCCAUAUGAAGCUAGCAGCUCAGAAGAUGAAGAACAACUAGAAGAAAACACCAACUACCGAACAAUACAAAAAGAAAAACAGAUGGGGAACAAUUCAGACUUUCUAUGUAUCCUGCUAAGAGAUGGUAAUGUGAAAUGGAAAAGUGAAAGUAUUCAAAGAAGCCCUAUUAAAAUUGCGAAAAAACUUAAGGUGAAGAAGACUGUGAAUCCUUCAAAUGGAGUUUAUUUGAGAAGACAAGAAACCGAUUUGGACGAAAAUUAUAUAUCAUCUGCAGAGUGCUAUUCUGCUGAGGAAUGGGAAGUUGCGAUUGAGAACAUUAAAGGCAUUAUGGAAUACAUAACACUGGAGAACUGGAGAAUAUACUCAAUUCGAAAAGAUUUCUUAAAUGAUGACCACAAAUCGACGCCGAAAAUGCGUUCAGACCUGAUGAACUGGAUGUCUGAAGUUCAUUUGGAUUUCAAGUUUUUAUCCGAAACAUUCCAUCAGUCUGUGUUCACCGUGGACAGAUAUUUACAAGCCAAUAAGAACAUUGGCCACGAAACUUUACAAUUGGUGGGCACGUCAGCUAUGCUGAUAGCUGGAAAGAGAAACGAAGAAAAUUUAUUGCCUGAUGUAUCUGAGUUUCUUUACUUUUGCAACGAUUCGUUCAGUAAAGAACAAAUUCAUUUCAUGGAAGGCGAUAUUUUGAAGAGACUAGAUUUCAGUUUUAACAGACCAUCGUCUUUGCAUUUUUUGAGGCGUUUCAAUAAAAUUGCAAAGGCAAACAAAUCGCAGCACACGCUAGGCGAAUACUUAUUGGAGCUGGCCCUUUUGGAAUAUGGAAUUUGUCAUAUAAAGCCAUCACUGCAAGCGGCUGCCGCAUGCUGCCUGUCCAUCAGCAUUUUAAAAAGAUCGAAACCGAUAAAAGUCUGGAUAGAGACGCUGUUUCACUACACUGAAUACUAUUAUACAGACAUCGAAGAUACGAUGGCCGAGUUGUCGGCGGCCCUCCUUAGGGCUGAGACGUCUAAAUUCCAAGCCAUCAGAAAGAAAUACGCCUCAUCACAGUUUUCUGAGAUGAGUCUUAAUUACAAACUCAAAGGGGCUUUAGUCCGUCGACUAGCUAGA